AUGGCACUUUCCAGCAAAUUCCUGCUCUGGUUUUGCUGUUCUGCCUGGCUGUGCUUUUUCACUAGCCUGGGCUCUCAGGCUUCUAGGGGAGAAGCUCAGAUUGCAGCUAGUUCAGAGUUGGAAUCUGAGGCAGACCCUUGGCCCUUGCUGCUGCCUGGAGAUGGAACAGACAGAUCCAGCCUCCUGCCACCUCUCUUCAAGGUCCUGUCUGACAGGCGAGCUGAGGCCCCCAAGCUGCAGCCCGACUCCAGAGCUUUGUACUACAUGAAGAAGCUCUACAAGACGUAUGCCACCAAGGAGGGCAUUCCUAAACCCACCAGAAGUCACCUCUACAACACUGUUCGGCUCUUCAGCCCCUGCGGCCAGCACGAGCAGGCUCCAGGAGGCCACAUGACAGGAGCCCUCCCAGUCAUGGACCUGCUGUUUAACCUGGAUCGGGUGACCGCCAUGGAACACUUACUAAAGUCAGUCUUGUUGUACACUCUGAACAGCCCGGUUGCUUUUCCUUCUGCCGUUACCUGUGUGUGUGACCUGAUGAUAAAGGAGCCCCUGUCUUCUGGAAAGGGCCCCCCAAGAGCACCCUACUCAUUUACCUUGAAGAACCACAGAUGGAUUGAAAUCGACGUGACCUCCCUCCUUCAGCCUCUGGUGGUCUCCAGCGAGAGAAGCAUUCACAUGUCUGUCAAUUUUACAUGCACGAAAGACCAGGCCCCACAGGAUGGUGCUUUUAACAUGCCUCUGACAGUGUCUCCCUCGCUCAUCCUGUAUCUGAACGACACUAGUGCUCAGGCCUAUCAUAGCUGGCAUUCUCUUUAUCCUACCAGGAGGCCCUCACAGGGACCCGACCAAGACAGAAGCGUAGCCCAUCCUGUGGAAGAAGCCACAGAGGUUGAAAGAUCUGCCAGGCACCGGAGAGGGCAGGAAACCAUCAAUUUGGAAUCGAAGAAGCCUCUUACACCUUCCUUCAAUCUCAGCGAAUACUUCAAACAGUUUCUUUUUCCCCAAAAUGAGUGUGAACUCCAUGAUUUUAGACUCAGCUUUAGUCAGCUCAAAUGGGACAAUUGGAUCGUGGCCCCACACAGGUAUAACCCUCGUUACUGCAAAGGGGACUGUCCCAGGGCGGUCAGGCAUCGGUAUGGCUCUCCAGUGCACACCAUGGUCCAGAACAUCAUCUACGAGAAGCUAGACCCCUCGGUGCCAAGGCCUUCAUGUGUGCCCGGCAAAUACAGCCCCUUGAGUGUGCUGACCAUUGAGCCCGACGGCUCCAUUGCUUACAAAGAAUAUGAAGACAUGAUAGCUACUAGGUGCACCUGUCGUUAG